ACACCAUGAGCUCGGGCCUGUCGUCGCGUGGCAAGCUUUGUUGUAUUAUUGUACUAGGUGAAAGCUCCCGGUUCAAAAUCGAAUCAGAGAACAAGUGGUAACCAGCGCGAGAGAGAUUCAUAUUCAUUGUUGGAUUUAAGCCGUCGAUUGUUGUCCACUAACGUCCCAAACAUUGCAACGCUUGUUCUAAGCGCUCAGCCGCAAUUUCGAUGUCCUUAUCUUCUAAAGCUGCCAAAGCAAACCGGGUCAACUCAGUCGCAUCCGCAAUCUCGGCCCUACCGACCUUCUUCUUGGGCUUUUUCUUGUUAGCCAGGCCGAAUAAAGUUGUCAUUUUCGGUUUUUCCAUCGGAGGUGUUGGUGUUGGUGUCGGUGUUGGUACUAUUGGUGAUGGGAAAGACAUCGGAGCGGGAGGAGGCAGAUCGAAAACUAAAGGAGGCUUUACUGGUGGUGCCGGAGGAGGCAAAGGUAGAUCAACAGGUUCGAUUCCUAUGGGAUAUGCAGGAGGUGGUCCUAGCGGCACCUGGGCGCCAACCUCGUCACCGCUAUCAUCACCACUGUCUUCAUCGACGGGAACAUUUGGUUUGAUUUCCUCUUCUUCUUCGUCCUCCUCAUCUCCGUUAUCAUCAUGAGAGUCUUCUUCGACCGUUUCUGGCAUAACGGGGCUCUCAUCUUCCACAGCGAUCGUUACCGGAGUAUCUUUUUCUUUUUCUUCCGCAUCAGCAUUGUUUGUCUCUUCUUCUCCAUAUCCUCCGGGCGUCGGGGUACGGCCUUCCUUGAUCGCUUUGAGAAUCUCAGUUGACUUCCAUUUGCAAUAGACUGAUUUUUUCUUCUGUUCUGCAACUUCUGCCGAAUCAUCAUCAUCGUUGUAAAAUUGCUGUAGUAUCUCUAAAAAGGAGGCAGCUGCGUAAAAGGUUCGUGCCGUGUUUCGAUUUGCCUCCCCGCAUCGAUCCUCUGUGUCAGCCUUGUCAAAAAUCUUCUCGGCGAAUUUUUCGCAUAAGAAUUUUGAUUCGUCUCGUGUGAAGCUAUCCAUGGCUUCCUUUUCUCCCUCUAGGACUCCCAGGAGCUCCCCAAGACAGAGCUUGCCCGCGGGGGACGUCGCCAACGGAAUACCAGUGUGGACGGCGAAUUGCCGGCAAUAAUACGCAACCAAUCGU